AUGUUGGAUUUCCAUGACAUGAUUGCGGACUGUGCCCUUACAGAUGCCGGUUAUACUGGGAGCCCUUACACCUGGUAUAGUCGUCGAUUGCGACAAUGUCUAGAUCGGGUCCUGGUGACUGAUAGUUGGAUGGACGUAUUUUCGAAAACACAAGUUACUCAUCUUGAGCUCUCCAAAUCGGAUCAUCAUGGAUUAUUGGUUGUUGCAGAGACUAUUGUGACGCAAAAGGCAUCAUCUUUUCGGUUUCAACACAUGUGGAUCAUGCAUCUGGAAUUUCUUGAGGUUGUUCGUCGGAAUUGGCAAUACCCAACGAUCGGGAGUGGUAUGGUUCGCCUUCAGCAGAUGUUCGUCGGAAUUGGCAAUACCCAACGAUCGGGAGUGGUAUGGUUCGCCUUCAGCAGAAAUUGA